CACCGACCAGAGGGCAAUAGAAAAGGAAAAGAAAAACUGGCGCAGGAUAACCCCCAACCCGCUAAAAUGUGCAGGUAUGUACACUUCCCCCGAAUCAUCAUCCUCUUCCUCAGUCUCCUCCCUCUCUCUUUCUCCCAACUAACAGAAACCCAAAAGACGUUGAUGAUCAGAGUCUCCGAAUCAGUAAAUUCUUCAAAGUGGAACACCACAGAUUCAGACCCAUGCAAAUGGCUUGGUGUCAAUUGCACCCAAAACACCAUCACCCAUCUCUCUUUCUCAUCAUUCCAACUUUCCAAUUCCUCAUUCCUUCAUCUCCUAUGCAAUCUCAACACCCUUCAAUCUCUCGACCUCUCCAACAAUCAGCUCUCUUCAAUCCCAUCUAUUUUCUUCACUGACUGUUCCGGCCUCAAUCGCUUACAGACUCUAAAUUUCAGCAACAAUGGAUUGUCUGGAAAUUUGCUUGCUUUUGUUGGGUUUUCUAGUUUAGAGUUCUUGGACCUGUCCGGCAAUUCGUUGGUCGGAAAUAUCAUCUCUCAGUUUGAUGGGCUGGUUUCGCUUCGGAGUCUGAAUUUGAGUGAGAAUUCUUUUGGCGGCCCACUUCCUUCUCUUCUUGGGAAGGGUAUGGCUUUGGAGGAGUUGCAGCUGUCGAAGAACCGGUUUACGGGUCUGAUUCCAAAUGAUAUUUGGGGGUAUGGAAAUCUUACUCUUCUUGAUCUUAGCUCGAACAAUCUUUCUGGGCCUGUUCCUGAUCGGAUUGGAGAACUUGGAAAUCUUACUCUUCUUGAUCUUAGCUCGAACAGUCUUUCUGGGCCUGUUCCUGAUCGGAUUGGAGAACUUUCCAAGUUGCAAACUCUUGUUCUUUCUUCGAAUUCGUUCAGCGGCGGAAUCCCGCGGAAUCUGUCGAGUAUCACGUCACUGUCACGGUUUGCCGCGAAUCUGAAUCACUUUUCGGGGCUUAUUCCUGCGGGAAUUUCAAAUUAUAUGAGGAAUUUGGACCUUAGUUAUAAUGAUCUAAGUGGGUUCAUCCCGUUGAACUUUCUAUCGCCUCCCAAUUUGGGGUUUGUUGAUCUGUCCAAUAAUAAGCUAGAAGGGUCAAUCCCUGUGGACAUGUCCCCGAAGUUGUUCCGCUUGCGAUUGGGCGGGAAUAAUCUUAGUGGGUCGAUCCCAUCAUCGAUUCGGAAGCUCAAGGAUUUGAUGUAUUUUGAGGUGGAUGGAAAUAGCUUGAGCGGGGAGAUUCCGCCUGACCUGGCAAAUUGUGAGAAAUUGACUCUGUUGAGUCUCGCUCAGAAUCGGCUUCAAGGUUCGUUGCCGAAAGGUUUGGGCAAUCUCUCUGAUUUGGUAGUUUUGAAGCUUGAUGGGAACCGACUCAGUGGAGAAAUCCCCACCGAAUUCUCCCAAUUGAAGAACUUGUCUACCAUGAGUCUUAGCAUGAAUUCACUUACGGGUGUGAUACCUCCGGGGAUUUCUAGAUUGCCGAAGCUCUCGAAUUUGAACUUAGAAGGCAACCGACUCAGCGGUUCAAUACCUGAUGGGUUUGUUGACUUGAAAUCUCUGUUAGAAGUUCGGUUAGGAAAUAACCUUCUAGCUGGGAGCAUUCCGAGAAUGCCAAUCAGCUUGCAGAUAGCCCUCAACCUCAGCAGCAAUCAAUUUAAGGGAACUAUACCUUCUACCCUUGCAGUGUUGGUGAACUUAGAGGUUUUAGAUCUCUCGAACAAUCAGUUCUCAGGUUCGAUUCCGGAAUCCUUGCGCAGCUUGACGAGCCUGACCCAGUUGGAUCUUUCCAAUAAUCAGCUUUCAGGAACUGUUCCACAGUUCCGGCAGAGCGUCGAUCUCAAUAUCACUGGAAAUAAGGAUCUCGUCCUGACCACGAAUCCCCCUGCCACUUCGACUAGGAAAAGAAAAAAUUUGGCUGCUUUGGUAAUUGUCAUGGCUGUUGUUGGUGCCGUUGUUGCCAUAGUUGUUGUUGCUGUGGUGUUCAUAGUCUCGAGACGGUUUUAUCGGGUCGAUGAUGAAAUUCAAGAAUUAGAAGAGCCUGUACCGCAGGUAAUCGACGGCCAUCUAAUCACUGCAGAUAACAUUCACCACUCCAGUAUUGACUUCACCAAAGCCAUUGAAGCGGCUGGGACUCCCGCAAACAUAAUGUUCAAGAGCAGGUUCUCCACUUACUACAAGGCAAUCAUGCCUAGCGGAAUGAGCUACUGCAUCAAGAAGCUUAAUUGGAGCGACAAGAUAUUUCAGUUGGGGAGCCAUGAGCGGUUCGGACAAGAGCUAGAGUCCCUUGGGAGGCUCAACAAUUCAAGAAUCAUGAUCCCUCUGGCCUAUGUUUUGACAGCCGAUAAUGCUUAUCUGUUCUAUGAACAUUCACACAAGGGAACCGUCUUCAAUUUCCUUCACAAAAAUUUGGAAGGUGCUCUGGAUUGGCAGUCUCGGUACAACAUCGCACUCGGAGUAGCUCAAGGACUUGCUUUCUUACAUGGGUGCGGGGACCCAGUUCUACUCCUCGACCUUUCAACAAAGACCAUUGUUUUGAAAUCGCAGAACGAGCCUCAGAUAGCAGACAUCGAGCUUUGCAAGGUCAUUGAUCCUUCGAAGAGUACUGGGAGCCUUUCUAUGGUAGCUGGCUCCGUUGGGUACAUCCCUCCAGAGUACGCGUACACAAUGAGGGUGACGAUGGCUGGCAAUGUUUACAGUUUUGGGGUUGUCUUAUUGGAACUGGUGACCGGAAAGCCUUCUGUCAGCGAAGGAACUGAAUUAGCCAAGUUGGUACAGAGUCAUUCAGCUCGGAAUGAAGCAUGGGAGCAGAUUCUCGAUUCUACCAUUAGCAAAACAUCGCUGGCAGUUCGAAGUCAGAUGCUCUCUAUCCUGAAAAUUGCUCAGGCUUGUGUUAGUGUCUCACCCGAGGCAAGACCCAAGAUGAAGAAUGUGGUGAGGAUGCUGCUGAAUGCCCGUUAAGGGCUAGUUUGGUGAGGUUGAUUUACAUAUACAAGAGGAAGCGAAAGGUAUCGGUUUUGUACAGGGAAUUUUCAUUUGGUUUCUGUUUUUUAUUUGGGUUGCUAUAGUGGUAUUGGGUGCUUUUCCUUUUUCAGAAAUGAGUUUUAAGUUAUACUUCAAUAUAUUGUAAAGACAGUUAAGCUAUUUCUCUUUAGACAGUGAAUGUACCUUGUAACCUGCUCUAUAUAUUUUUUGAAGCAAUCAUUUAUAACUGUGUUUUGAUGCACAGCUAAAUUGAAUUGCGAAUAGUCAGUUUAAUCAA